ACAUUUUUUUGUUCUUCCUGAUUUGUGCCGUGAGAGUCCGGAGGGAGUCUGUCUAGCACAGGUCCAUUUUGUGGAAGGCUCCAAUCCUGGGUAUGAUGAUGGUCUGCCCAACGGAGGAAGACCCACCCCCGGUCCAGCCAUCUGCAGACAGAGGACCGAGCACAGCUUCUGACGACCGUCAUGAGGUGAUGGUUUGCAUAUCGUCGGAGAGGGUUCAUGGUUGGAACGGGCCUGGCUCCAACCAUCCUCCGAGCCGGCGCUGCCGUUGGAUCGUAGUCGGCGGGGUUGGGAUGACCCCCAGAGUUAAAAAAAUAAUGAACCCAAGUCGUGGUCAGCGACUUGAAUACGAAUCCAAACCGAUUUUCAAAUGUGAGCUGAAGAGCGGAUAUCAGAUUGAAGCCCAGAUUGGGUUCGAUUCGGCCAGAUGGUCCAGACCGCAAGCCGAGAACUUCAUGAUCAGAGUUCACGGAACCAACACAAAAAGUGAGCAGGAUUCGGUGGAAUGA